UUUAUGUUCCGUCCUGGACGGAUUCACCGGAGUCUUCGAGGCUUUGGCAAAUUAACACCGCUUCCAUUAACCAGUUAUGCAGUGGCUGCACUUAAUUACGAAAAUGUGCCAUGUGUAGUAAAGCAAAAACACAAUCUAGCCACAAACUUAUACACUGUGAUGAGGUAUUCGUACAUGUGUAUUGCUUCAUCUUCAAUAAUUAUUGGUUGGUAUUAUCGAAAGAGGAUGCAGCUAUUUACUCAAAACUUAGAGAGGAUGGACGAAGUCUUUGAAUGUUUGGGUCUUAAGAAAAAUUAUUACAAAAGUUUUAAAGAAAUUUUGUGCAUAGUAUCAAUAUUUAUUAUAAUAAUAGUUUUAUUGUUUAUUCAAGCUGUGCAUUUAAGAAUAAGCGUGGCGAACAAACCCAAUUUUAUGCAAAUUAUUUUGUGCAGCAGUAUUAACAGUUUACCAAUGUUUGCGUGCACUUUAGUAGACCUUACUUUCGGAAUUGCACUUCGCUGUAUUAGAGCAAGAUUCAUGAAUAUUAACCACCUUUUGCGCAAAGGAUUUUGUGAAUAUCCAAUUCAUCCCUUUUUUAACAAGAAUGAAAUUUAUGAUAUUAAGGAUUUCCAAUUCAGAACUAAUCUCAAUUCCACAAAUUUUGAAAAAAUUAAGCAUGUUAUGGAGCUAUUAAAACAAAUUCAUUUGGAACUUUGCAAAUUAGCACGAGAAGUAAACCAAAUGUUUGGAGUGCAUCUCACUUUGCAUAUAACGUUGAUUUUCAUGGUCACAACAGUAUGUCUCUUUAAUAUUAUAACAAUAUAUCUUAGUCCUCCUACCAAAUUCAAAUAUGGAAUGAUAAUCUACCUACUGGUAUAUGUCACAAGUUGUUUAUUAAAACUUCUGCACAAUAACAUCGUUUGCUUAUUAACCAGUAAUGAGACACAUAAAACUGAAGAGAUUCUUUUGGAUAUGAAACUACUGAGGAAAAACUACACAAUAAUAAGAGAGAUAGAUCUAUUUUAUCAGCAAAUAACUCUACGACCUUUGAAAUUUACAACAUGUGGAUUUAGAACUUUAGGAGUGAACUUCAUUUACAAUUUCUUAGGGGCCGUUGUCACUUAUCUUCUUAUACUAAUAAAGAUGGAUCAAGAAGGUGGUGGUAAAGCUGCAUACAGCUAACCUAUG